AGUCGUUGCCGCCGCCAACGUCGAACUUUCCAGCCGCCGCCGAUGGAGCGCAGCCCGACCCGCGUGCCAUUGGCGACCAACAUGGGCGCGUUCGAGACGCCGCUGCCCAAGCGCCACCACAUCCACCGCAGUGGAUCGCCGGUCCGCAGCAAGCUCCGCUUCGAUGACCUCUCGCCCGUCCCGAUGCUACCGCUGAGCCCGACCGCGAGCCCGGCCUGGGCCACGCCCGGCUCGCCGCGUGUACGCGCAUCGCCGUCCAUGAAGAGCGAGGGCGGCGUGUGCAUGAACCUCUCGUCGCAGUUUGACGACAUCUCGGACGACAGCGAGGCCGAGACGACGGUCGCGGACCAUAGCCGCCUCAAUUUGGACACGAGCGCUCUUGCCCAUGAGGUGCUCUCCGACGACGCUAGCAGCAGCGCCCAGCCACGCAAGUCGCUGCGCCGGGCGUUGCACCGGUCGAGUCGAUGUCCACCGACACCGAUGCGGACGCCGCCAUGGGCCAAGAAGCUCACGCCGAUCCGAGGCAGUUUGCAUCGACAGAGCUCGCUCGCGUCGACCAAGGUGCUCGUGACGCUUGGCGGCACCGUCGACCAUGUGCCUGUCCAGACGUCGUACUUUGAAUCGUUCCAGUCGGCCACGUGGAUUGGCGCCGGCGCCUUCUCGGACGUCUACCACGUCACGACGUUGGCGGGCGAUGCAUUUGCCGUCAAAAAGUCCAAGCUGCCACUGCGAAGCAAGCGCGACCGCGAGCGGAUGCUGCAAGAGAUUCAGGUGUACGAGAAGCUAACGACCUCCGCGCCAACGAGUCCGUACCUCGUGCAGUACUACCAAGCGUGGCAAGAGCGCGGCUUUUUCUACAUGCAGCUGGAGCUCUGCGCCGCGGGCACGCUCCAAGACUAUAUCGAUCAUCUUCGAGGCGAGGCCACCAAGGUGCCCGAGGCUGUGCUGUGGCACAUUCUCCACGACGUGGCGUCGGGACUCGCCGUCAUUCAUGCGCAUAAGAUCGUGCACCUCGACAUCAAGCCCGCGAAUUUAUUUGUGACGACGGCAGGCAGCAUCAAGAUUGGUGAUUUUGGCGUCGCGACGGCCGUCGACGGGGCGAGCGACGGCGAAGGCGACCAGCGCUACAUGGCACCCGAGCUCUUAGCGAACGCUGCGACGCGCGCCGCGUCGGCCGACAUCUUUUCUCUUGGGAUGACGCUACUGGAGCUCAGUCACUUGGUGCAUCCGUUGCCGCAAGACGGACCCGCGUGGCAUGCGCUCCGCGAAGAAACGCUGCCGACACUCCCGUACUCGGCUGCGUGGACGCAGCUUCUAUACCAGAUGCUGCGCACGGACCCAGAUGGGCGCAUUUCCGCCGCCCAGAUCACAGAACGCCCCGAGCUUUCCCAGCUGGCGCGCUCCGACGACUUGGCUUCGUUCGGUGCCCGCGUUCGGUGCACGUCGUUGUCGCCACCGACGAGCCCGCCCGCGUCGCCGCCACCCAGCCCGCCGGCGGCGCGUAGCAUGUUACCACACGCAGCCGGUAGUCGUCGUCAUGCCUAAGUCCAA